AUGUCCAGCACGCGAGUCUCAUCCGCUGACGCAUUCGAAUCGCACGGCCCCACGGUCCUCUCUUCUGCCGCACUCGGCCUAACGUCGGGUUCAGGCUCGGGGGCCAGCGCCGCACUGGCUGCAGCUUCGGCAUCAGGCUCAGGAGCAGGUUCGGUGAAGCUGAUUUCCGUGGUCGGCGAGGCUGGUAACCUGGUUUCGCAGGGAAUCGCGUGUGCGCAUGGCGACGGGAGGGGCGGGAAGCGCGCCAAGUACAUGGAGAAGCAUCAAGCGGAGAAGCAUUUCGUGGAGAAGCAUCACACGGGCGGGAUCAGCUUCCAGAUCGAUUCCGCCGUCACCCCUUCCGCCCCGCCUGCGCCCAUGGCGCCUCCGCCUGACCGCAUCUCCGCCAAACACGCCGCGAAGCCCGCCGCUUCUGGCGGUGGUUCGGUGCAUGUUUCUCUCGAUCGCGCCACCGCGCCGCAUGCUUCAACGCCGGGGGAGCCGGUGGCUGCGACGCUUGCGGACUGUCGCCCCCCGUACAGUCACAUCCCACAUUGUCACAAUGGAGGCAGCGGGGAGGAUCAGCUGCCCCCGUUAGUGUCACGCGAGGCUGUCGCGGAGGCGAGCCCGCUCGGGCUGACGCUUCGCAAGACGCCGUCGCUGGUGGAGUUCAUUUCGCACAGGCUGUCGGAGGGCGCUGGCGACACUACUGGCGACGCUCCUGGCGACGCUGCCGACGACGGAGCGGGCGACGGUUCUGGCGACGUGGAUAUGAUAGAAGAGGCGCGGACGGGCGUACCGAGCGGCGGAGAAGGCGGAGAACCCGCGGGGCCGGCGCACACGAAGCGCGGAAGCGACGCGCAGCGGACGGCACGCGGGAUGGGCGGAGGGGGAAUGAACAGCAGCAGCAGCAGUAGCAGCAGCGAGGCGGAACUGGACGGCAGGGGAAUGGCGCAGGGCAACAGCGCUCGGGGGAAUGGAAUCCGCGAGCGGGACGAGCCUGUCCGCCCGGGUAGCGCUCCGGCGCACCAGCGCGCGCAGGACCAGGGGCGCGCGCAGGGCAAGGGAAUACCGGCGCUAGUGGCGUUCGGCGGAGGUGCAACCGCGGUAGACGGGGCUUUCGCGUCCCCCGACGGCGGGUCCGCACUGAUGGCGGAGGGCGCACUCGCGUCGUUCAGCGCGCCGUUCCCGGCGCUGCCGGCGCCGCCGGCGGACAAGCUGAAGGCGUCCAACUUCCCCGCCACGCGCAUGACCAUCGGCUCCUGGGAGAGGCGCAGCAAGUACGAGGGCGACCUGGUGGCCAAGUGCUACUUCGCGAAGCGCAAGCUGGUGUGGGAGGUGCUGGAGGGCGGGCUGAAGAGCAAGAUCGAGGUGCAGUGGGGCGACAUCGCCACGCUGCGCGCCUCCACCGCCAAGGGCCAGCCCGGCGUGCUCGAAAUCGAGGUGUCACGGCCCCCCCAGUUUUUCAAGGAGAUGAAUCCACAGCCGCGCCGCCACACGCUCUGGCAGUCCACGCCCGACUUCACCGCCGGCCAGGCCAACUCCUUCAGGCGCCUAACACCUUCCCCUUCCCUCUCUCACACCUCGCCUUCCCCGUAUGUGCUGUGUGCAGGGCAGGCGGCACGUGGUGGAGUUCGCAGAGGGCGUGCUGAACAAGCACCUGCACAAGCUGCUCAAACGCCUACCGCCUUUCCCCUUCCCUCCUCCCCGUGUGCCUCUCGUGCCCGUCUGCCCCUUGUGCCUCGCGUGCCCUCCUGCCCUCUCCCCAGGCGGCACGUGGUGGAGUUCGCAGAGGGUGUGCUGAACAAGCAUCUGCACAAGCUGCUCGCCUCCGACCCGCGCCUGCGCGACCUCGCCCACGGCACCUCCGCACACCACACCCACCCCGGGAAGCAAGGGCAGGGCGGGCAAGGCAGCUCGCACAUGGGCAUGCAUGCGCGCACCCACGCGCACGCAUACGGCAGAGACGUGUUGCAGAGCUCGCCUCACAAGGCAGGCGUGGGGGCCAUGGGAGCAAUGGGGGCAGGUGGGGCGAUGGAGGGGAUGAUGAGCUACGGCCACGGCAAGCCCACUGCCCCGCACGGUGCUCUGCCGUAUGGCUCACCUGCCGCGCUUGCAGACCCGCUCCUGCCCCUCGCGCACGCCCACGGCCCUCCCCAUGCACGCACGCGUGGCAGUAGGCACGUCAUGUCUCUCCUCUUCUCUCUCCCUCUCCCGCUCCGUCUCCCGCUCCCUCUCCCGUUUCCUCUCCCUCUCCCUCUCCCUCUUCCUCUCCCUCUUCCUCUCCCUUUUCUCUCCCUUCCUUUCCUCUUCCCCACCCCCCUCCUUUUCCUGCUCCGCUUCCCUUCCUCCCUCCGUUUCCCUCUUUUCCGUCCCUCCCGCUUGCCUCGCCCCACUCACCCGCUCUCAUCUUUUCCGCCAUCGUUCUCCUCCAUUUGUACUCCUCUCUCCCUUUCUCCCCUCUCUCCCUUUCUCCCCUCUCUCCCCUUCUCCCCUCUCGCCCUCUCUCCCCUCUCCUCCCUCUCUCCCAUCUCUCCCUCUCUCCCUCUCUUCCCUCUCUCCCUCUCUCCCUCUCUCCACUCUCUCCCUCUCUCCCUUUCCUCUCUCCCCUUCCUCUCUCUGUCAUCAAUCGUCGCCACUCAACCCCCUCUCCUUUCACCCCCUGUCCUCCCCCUGUCCUCCCCCCUGUCCUCCACCCCAUGCCUACAGACCUUGUUCCCUCCGCCGCCCAUCAUGCCGCCCUUCCCUACGCACCACCUGCCACCACCCCCCUCAACGCUCUCAUCACCAGCUUCAGCAGCAGCAGCAGCAGCAGCAGCGGCAGCGGCAGGGAGCAGAGCAGCAGCAGCGCGUGCUGCAGACCCACGCUCGCCCCUAUCCGCGCCCUUCCCUCCCUUCCCGUACUUCCCGUCCCACCUCUACCCUCCUCCCCCAUACCUUCCUGGCGGCUACAUGAGCCACUCAUUCGAGGGCGAGCAAGAGGAGGACGAGGAGGAGGAGGAGGAGGAAGAGGGGAUGGAGGGGAACGAGGAGGGGGAAAGAGUAGCCGUGGAAAGGAAUGAGAAGGGAGAGUGGGGAAAGGGUGUGAGGGGCGAGGGAGACGAAGGGGAAGAGGAAAGGGGCAGUGGAGGAAGGUGUACCAGUGGAGGGGCAGAAGGUGUGGGAGGCAGGGGCGGGGGUGAGAAGCAUGGGGGGAAGGGCCGCUCACCCAUGGAUCUGUCCUUCCGUUCACCUGCCGCGCACUACCCCCACCUGCCCCACCCGCCCAUGUGGCCCGCCCACAUGGGCCUUCCCCCCACUGCCUUCUGGCCGCCCUUCCCGCCUCCUCCCAGCAGCUUGAGCAGCGGCCGGGUUUCCAUCCGGCGCGAUUUAGGCAUGCAGAGCACCAGCAGCAACAGCAACACGGCCCUGCCAGCCACUAGCAUCAACACAAGCAACAACAACACCAGGAGCAACAACAACAACGGCGACAGCAAGAGCAACAAGAGCAAGAACGGCAGCAAGAAUGUCACGGGCAGCAACGGGUUCCCCAGCAUCAGCAACUGCAACAUUCCCAUCAGCAGCACCAGCAACAGCGGCAUGGGGAGUGGUGGCCUGAGAGAAAGCACCUCCCCAAUCCCUUCGUCUUUUCUGGAGGAGGUGUCAUCUAUGUUCUGCGACCCACUCCCUUUUCACUAA